UGUUUUCCGAGUAUGCACAUGUAAAGAUAUUGCCUGUUGGUCGACAAUUUGAUGGAAAUACCGUGCGACGCAGUCACUCGGGGUAGCUGGAAAACUGGAGACAACUUCUCUUCGGACCAAAUUUAACAUUGAAAACGUCGAUUCUGGUGAAGUUUUGUGCAUUCUUACCUAACACAGAUGCCCACAAGUCUUCAGCGUAAAUUAUUACCUGAAAGUCUUCAUAGAAACGAAGAUAUACCCUUUUUUGCUUUAAUCCUCGUUGUGAGCACCAUAACCUCGUUGUGAGCAAGACAAGCGCAGUGCGUGUCUGGUUUUAAUAUGUUAUUCAGAUGGUGAAAAUAUAAUUUUCAAUCUACCAAAGCAAUUAAAACGUUUUUGCACAGCAACAUUUCUUUGCAAGACGUUGUGCAUACCCCGAAGGGAGGCAUAUUAGUUUUGAACUGUCCGUCCGUCAAUCCGUCCGAAAACUUUAACAUUGGCCAUAACUUCCUUAUUAGUAAACGGAUUUGAUUCAUAUUUGAACACAACAUCCCUUAGCACAAGACCUUCCUACGGACCUGUAUAUUUUAUCUUGACCCCUGAAUGGCAUUUACCUUGAAGGUCAAAAUGUCCAAAAACAUUUAAGAUUGGCCAUAAUGUCCUUAUUAGUAAAUCAAUUUAAUUCAUAUUUAGGCACAACACCUCCUUGGACAAGGCUUUCCAAUUGACAUAUAUUCUUUUGACCUUGACCCCUGAAUGACCUUCACUUUGAAGGUUAAAUUGUCCAAAAACUUAAAAAUUGGUCAUAACUUCCUUAUUAGUAUACGGAUUCUACUCAUAUUUGGACACAACACCCGUUUAGACAAGACCUUCAAACUGAUCUAUUUUUUUUACCUUGACCCCUGAAUGACCUUCUAGAACAUCCAAAAAUUUUAACAUUGGUCAUAACGUGGAAUUAAUUCAUAUUUGGACACAAUGCCCCUUUGGACAGGACCUUCCAACUGACCUAUAUUUAUUUCACCUUGACAUUGAAUGACCUUCACAUUGAAGAUCUAAUUGUCCAAAAACAAAUAAUCUAUCUCGUCCAUAAAUCAAAGGACAAAGCACCACUUUGGGGACAUUGUCAACUUACCGUGACAAUUCUUGUUCUACAUACCUUGGUCAGUCUUCAGCUCAGGAUAAACACAUGUAUGUGUGUAUCACACAAAUUGUGAAAUUGUUGAAAUAUUCAUAAUCUGUCCGUGAUGUUCACUCGUGCCACACUAUAGUAUACGAAAUAAAAUACAUGAUUUACCUCCCCUGAUUAGUUCUUCUGUUAAUCUGAUGACUUGUGAAUAUGAAGAAUAAUUUUCAAUAGAUCUACUUUUCUUUUCAGUGAUUGGACAUGGGGUCGUUCAAGGGGAGACCGAAGCGAGGCAUCAAGUAUGCAAGUGUGAAACGAACUUCAUACCUUGAACGAAGGAAACGGUCAAUAUAUUCACCAAGGCCAUCGCCAAUAUGUAAACGAUUCAAAACUAUCAAUUUGAUGAAAUCUCCAGACAUGAAAACUUCCCCCCACAAGAAAAGAAAACACCUAUCAACGCCAUGUAAGUCAUCGCAGAAACGAAUACAUUUCCUGGUAGACACUGAAAAAGAUGUGGUUACAGUUAGUCCGCUGAAAUUACCUUUCAAAAUGCUUUCUCCACAAAAACAGUACAAUAAAAGUAAAAUUGACACUGACAAUUUAAAAGAAAAUAUCAAAUCUGGUAACACAUCGACAGAGAGACUGCUUCAAGAACUUGAAUGUACAAAUAUUGAAAAUGAAGAUGAAUUCGAAUUCAACAAAGAAUUUGACUAUUCUUACUAUUUUCAUAAAACAUUGCCUGUUGGAUUCAAGAUGCCUCAAGAAAUAGUGGACGAUUUAAAUGCUGAAAUACCUCAAGAAAUUGUGGACGAUUUGGGUACAGAAUUUCACCUAACAGAUGAUGAAUUUCAAGGUCUGAACAGCGAGGAAUCCAAACUUGCAAAUUUAUUGCCUGCUGUUAUCCAAGAAUUCAAAAAACAAGACAAAAGUGAUGUACUUGUCAAUUUUUUUCAAUUAGUAUCAGAAAACAAGUUUCCUAUGAAAAAUAUUUCAUUCCUGAUGUUUUGUGAUCUCGUGAGAUGGUUUUCUGAAACAGACACGCGCGGUAUGCGAUAUUCUCCAGAAUGUCUAGAAUUCUUCUGGGUUGGACGAAAAUUAUUCGGUGGGCGUUUCCUACGGUACAUGAGUGGCUUGAGAAAUGAAGGAGAAAUGAUCAAAGGUGGCGAUGCUUUCAACCCGGAAAAUUCAAGGAUUAACUUUGCCUGUCCUACCUUACCCGUUCUUCUAAACUUCAAGCCAAUGGGUGAAGAACUUCCAGUGAAAUUCAAACCGGGAGUGAUGCAAGAAAUGAUCACAUACAAGGCACAGAGAGACACAAAUGCAACCCAUAAAUCUUAUGUCAUUAUGUUUGAUGGUAAGAAAAUGAAAAGAAGUGCCGAUGUUGAUCUCCUUGGUUUUGAACCCGGACAGACACUGAAAGAUAAACAAGAAGAAAAUGAAAGGAAAAACAUUAUAAUCAACAAUGCUAUUGACACGAUUACCCAUGUCCAAGACUCGAGUAACACUGUGUCCGAAACACCAGAGAAAGACAAAAACACAGUUUUUACAACACUGCUAAGUUUGAUUCUAUUGUUCUCUACUGUAUUGAAAGAGUUGCGUAAAUUGCGAGUUAAGAAGGCAUAUUCACUAAACAAGCUUAAAGAACUGGCUGGUGUUGAAUGGCGAAAAUCUAAAUACUGCUAUUCAAUUGAUCUGAACAUGACACUUAUAUGGAAGAUUGAUAACUGUGUCGAUAAGUGCUUAAGAAUUCUGAAAGAAAUAUGCAAGACCGGUGCCUAUUUAAAUAAGGUUGGACAUUUAUUUGCGAAUGGGCCAGUUGUUACUCUAAACUGUCAACGUAAUUUGAGAAUUCUGAAGCCUGUUGAGAAGCUGCCACACGGUGACCAGUCAGACACGUCGAUAAUUAAACAACGCUCCCCAAAAUGGUUUAAGGAUAGAGAGGCUAUGAAGGUAACUGGUAGUACGAUAUACCAGGCCAUCGGAUUAGAUGGUUUGAAGCGCCAACAGAAACACUUUGAUCACAAAGUAAAUGGCGUUGAACCACAGGAAAUAAGUUUAGCACAACAAAGGGCUAUGGAUCAUGGAACACAAUCUGAGAUUCAUCACCUUGCAACUAUGUGCGGCAUUAUUCUACCAUUCUUGCAUCCAGAUUCUGUAUUUUACGAAGAAGGUUAUUACAGGGAAGGAAAUGUAUUAGUAUCACCAGAUGGUAGUGUGAGGUCUGGUGACGGCAAACCUAUGUACGCCUUCGAGGGAAAAUCUCCUGUAUUGAAAUCCCAUGUUCCGACGUUGCACGAAGCCGUGCCUGUUCGAUAUGUAACGCAGACAUUGUACGAAGCCAGAGCAUUAAAGACAGAAGCGACACUAUAUUUAUGCUGGACAGACAAUUCUUGCUCACUAUUCAAAGUUCCAUUCAGUGAGGACUUGUGUCGAGAUAUCGAUCAGGAGAUUGAAAGUGUAUAUCACACUGAUAAUCCAAAAAGGCCUUCAAGGGUAUCAGAUACAUCCAAAACAAUAAAGGAGGCUGUUUCAAAACACACCGAAAACUGUAUUUUCCUUGGUGAAUUUCCGUCGGUACAAGGCCGGUUUGAAAAUGCUUCAUUAUUGAUUACUGACGAUACGGCUUCACCAUAUGAAACUCAAUCUGAGCCGAAAAGUCCAGAUGAAUCAUUUACAUAUGACGAUCUGCAACGAGCUUUACUGUUAGGUAAAGAUGUUAUAGGCGAAUCCUAUGAACUUCAACGGUUAAUGGGUACGCAGGUUGUGGUAUAUCUGUUAGCAGACUUAGAUAGAUACUGGAAAGAGGAACAACCUCACGCUAUACCGGUUCUUUAUUUUUACCGGGGAUACAGUUUAAGCAUGGAGACCACUAGGAAAAUCAAUGAAAAAUGUAAAGCCGCCUGCAGGGAUGAGGGAUUAGAUGUCAUUGUUACUGCAGCUGACGGAGAAUUUAACACGAUAAUGGUUCGAGGCAGAGAUAACAAACCAUUAACACAACAUCAACUUAGCAAAGACGUAUGGAAAGAUGUAUGCAAGUUCUCCAAAUCUCAGAUAAUACAAGUAUUUCUACAGAAGUGUAAACCUGUUGUUCCGACACAUGAAAUCUUAGAAAACAAUACCCUUCAAACAGACGGUGGGACCAUGAAAAGAAUAAAGACACCAAGCAAAGGAUGGGUGAUACAUAAUGCAAAACGGAUCAGAGAAGAAUCUGAGAUAAAGCCUAUCGAAAAUGAGCAAGAUGAUAACACAGUCACAGUCUCAGAGGAAGUGGAAGAAACGGAAGAACCAGAGGCACCGAUGAAUACACCAGAUGAAACAGAAACUCACCAAGACGGAGUGCAAAUAAACGUAAAUGAAAUUUUUGAGGGACUAAAGCGAGUAAAUUCAGCAAAAUGGACAGACAUUUCACAAAGUACUAUUGCAGAUAUUUUCCAGUCCGCUGAUUCAUUGAGUAAGCUGACAGUGAAGGAGCUGACUGAGAUAGCUAAAUGUUUGAACAGGCGACAUGCUGAUAAGAAGUUGCAUAUAAAAGUAUCGGGAGUUCUAAAAUAUCAACUUGUUAACAGCAUUUCAAAGCAAGUUGGUGACGGAUCACAGAUUGUUCAGAAUGUCAGCGCAAAGAAAAGAAAUGUUCCGCCGUUGAAACAAUUAGCCCAGCGUGUUAUUAUGAAGAAGGCAUACCCAAAGAGAGUACUAAACAUUGCAUUAGCAAACUUCUUGUGGCCGGAUAAAUUGAGAGAAUGGAAAGAAAAUGCACGUGUUAAACAAACUAUUGAUAUUAUUGGUGUGUCACAAUCUUUGAGUCCAUACUACGUGCCAGACAAGAGUGAAGAUGGAGAUUUUGAAGUUUUCGUGUAUGACAAAACACAUUUGGGCAGCAAUUUGAGAAAAGCGAUUUGUUUAAAUAAAGUUAGUGGCGUUUCAAAGAAGGCUUGGGAUAAUGUAUCGCGUAUGAAACCAGAGAUCCUAAAUCCUUUACUUAUAGAAGUCUCGCCCGAAGGAAAGAUAGCUGACCAGAUGAAGGAAAGAUUUGCCAGAAAUAUGGUCAGUGAUGAUGUGGAAAAGUGCAUGAAUGAAAAUGGUAACCUGGAAGAGGCCACGUUUUGCAAGGUUAUCCGAGAAGGUCUGUAUGAAGCUGACGACACACCUGGCAUACCUGCUAUUGAAAGAUGUGAAAAAAGGUUGAAACUUAUAAACUGGCUAGACAAAGGGGUUGAUUUUGGUGAAUUUCCGCCAUAUGGUGCUUCUAUAAAAGGAUUGUCAAUUAUUUUAUACGAAGGUUUACGAUCUAGCUCUGAGGCCAAACUUUAUUUAUAUGCAUUAGCUAAAAAUGGCACAUAUUGUGUUCGUGCACCAAAUACUCUGUGUUCGGAAAGCUUCUUCUCUACUAUGCAGGAGAUGGAUCCAUGGGGCCAGGGCGUUCUUACAGCCGAUGGGAUAGAGAAGCACAUAUCUGACUUUACAGCCAUUACUGCAAUGAAAAUGAAAGACGACAGGUCGUUCUUCAUCAACACAAAACGUGAUAAAGUAUAUCCAGUGCCGAUAGUUUCUGCUACUGGUGAAAAUAGAGAAACUCAAACUGUUACGACAUGCUCAUGUAGGAAGGAUGGCUUCAUUCGGUGUAUUAUCCCAAAAGAUCACUUCUUUGAUACAGAGGCAAGAGUCAGAGGACAUAGACGACGAAUAAAAAAACCUCUCACGUUCUCGGAAGUAAACGACCCCCUCCGGGGAGACCAACCAGUUCGGGCACGAUACGGAUAUAAAAUUGAUGAAUCGAAAAUUUUAACGUCCAAACGUAUUGGGGUGGAAUUCAAUUAGUAUAAGUGAAGUAACAUUUACUAGGACUCGAAAUGUUUGUUCUUUCUAUUGUUACUGAAAGGGCCAAAACUUGAGGCGGUAACACAUUGUAACUCUGAUACACUGGUAACAGUCGCAUAUGGAUACUUAGUUAUAUUAUAAUGUAGAUUGACCGAUAUUGGACACAUAUUGUAAUCUUUCAUAAUGCUGAACUUUUGACUUGAAUGUCUAUAUCUUUGGUAGAUUUAUGAAAGAUUUGAUUUAAACUAUUACCAUGAUAAUAUUUAAUGCUUCAUGUUAAGAUGGCAAUAAAUUGUACGUACAUAAAAGAUGCCUUUUACCAAGUACACUUCCUUACAAAGUUGACAUACUUGUAUAAAAAAAUUUAUUAAUAUUUCAUGAAUCUGAUUUGAUUUUCUAUUUCUCAAUAUGGCACUUUCGAUACAUCUUCUGAAAGCAAUAAAACUGGGAGAUAUAACAAAACAGCCAUACUUUCAUUAGAACAAAUAUAAUUAUAAAAUGAUUGUAUUUGAACAAAACGAAUCACAGAAUAAAUCAUCACAGAAUAUACAUUGGAACUUUUAGUAUAACAACAAUAAAACUGGGAACCAUACUUUCAUUAGAACAAAUAUAAUUAUAAAAUGAUUGUGUUUGAACAAAACGAAUCACAGAAUAAAUCAUCACAGCAUAUACAUUAGAACUUUCAGUAUAACAACAUUAAAAAUAUUGCAAAUAAAAUAUGUUCAAGUCUGGCUAGUCUGCUAAUCAAACAGUACAACAUAACGCAAUAGGGUCAUGAUGGCCUUAUAUCGCUCAAGUGAGUACCAUUGCUCUAUAUGAUAUGUUAAGUUCAUAUGACAGACCACAAUAGCAUCAUCAUAAUACAUAUUUGUUGUUUGUAACAAUGACCUUGACCUUCAACUUAGGGCCAUGCAUAACUAAGCGCCAAUCCCUAAACCAAGUUUGAGGCUCCUAGGUCCGAGCAUUGCAAAGUUGUGAAUUUUUGUAUAAAUGGUCAUGGUGACCUUGAGCUUUGGCCUAGGACUCAACUGGUCCAAGGAAAACUUCCCACAAAGUUUGAUCUGCCUACACUCAAGUGUCAGCAAGUUAUUAGGUUUUUUAUGUUAAAGGUCAUGGUGACCUUGAUCAAUGUUGAUGGACAGACGGACGACGGACAUCAGACGGUCACAAAAGCUCACCAUGAUCAAAGUGCUCAUGUGAGAUGAAAACCGCUACAAUUAAUAUUUUUUAACAUUUUGUAUUAUGAAUCACAGCAUAAAUCACCACAUCAUAUAAAUCAUUGUGGCAUAAAAUGGAACUGUACGUCACCAGAAAGAAUAUGUUUUGGGUUAAAGAGACUGCUGAUGUUUUCUAAAACAAUAACCAUUGGGAUUUUGACACGGACUGAAUUUCGAAGAUCCUGUCCUGUAUCAUUUUUAGAUAAAAAAACACAUAUAUUCUCACAACGAUGUGUUUGCUUUUAGAUCAGCAAAACGGCAGUGGUAUGAAAUACACAUAUGAUGUUUACAAUGAAAGACAGUAUUAAUGCUAGAUUGCAUUAUGCUUCUAAACUCUGAGGAGAGUUGUUUCAUGAGUAAAACAUAUUAUACUUGAAUACAAAACAUAAAAUACAUGCAAACUUGUGUGUAAAGGUUGUAUUUGAUGCAGAAUCAUAUCUGAAAAAAAAUCUGAAUGUAUGCAGGUAUAAAACGCUUGUAAUAACAACAAAUCUAAAAACAAAUAUAACACAAAAUAUAUAUGUCUUAUCAGUAAAACUCUACUGCCUUUACAUUGCAGACUCCUGUGAAAACUUUAAGCAACUGUAUCAUAUGUUGGCGAAGAAGAAUUGUAGAUGAUGCCUUAUCUAUGUAAAAUUUGUGUCUAAAUUGUCUCUGUAAAUUAUCAUAUCAUGAACAUUAGAAUACCCUGUUAAAUAUAUUUUACCCGAUUUUGCAUGGUAUACAACCUUUAAAUCGUUAAGAAACAUUUAACAUCAUAUACAAUAAAUUAUCUAGUAAUACUUCAAAACAAAAACUAUUUCAGUAUGAGUAUGAACAUUUGGUUGAUACCAAUGUUUUACUACAGCAAAUUCACAUUCAAGAGUUCCGGCUAAGUCAUAAACAUGUGGCAAAUGGACCGGGCACUACUACACUUGUCCUUGACCGUAUUCUUCACAUUCACAGCACGCUUGAUCAAUGCAGUCAUUUGUCUCCUUUAUGGAAUUUACCAUUCAUGUGCCUUCCCAACGCUUGU